GCCGUGGCUGCGUGGGUUGAUACUGAUAGCAAGCCUGAGGCACGGCUCGCACGAUUGGUAGAACACGAAUUGCUUCUUCCGUGUCAGACAUCCCUGCCCCUGAGCUAGCUGCUAUCUCAUCCUCCUGUCCAUUUGCUAUCUAAGUGUUUUGUCCUGUAUCUCCAUCGUUAUCAUGCUCGCCCCCACCUCCAUCAACCUCAGCCUCGACUGGGCGAGCACUUCACCACUAUACCUAGCUGUGUACCCUCUUCCAUUGCGACACUAGACCAGUGGCUACUUCGUCCCUGCAUAUUGUUCUGCACUGACAGCUUGAUUUGCCCAACAUGGCCGUUCCUGAGGACGUCGAUCUCGAUGCGCUCAACUAUGUCGUCAAGGUGCCAUACAACGGCACUGGUGCGACGGGCGGCGAUCCGAUGACUGAGAACUUGAACAUGUGGUACGAGACCGGCGACAUCGCCUGGAUGAUAACCGCAACCGCCCUCGUGCUGCUGAUGAUCCCCGGAGUGGGCUUCUUUUAUUCGGGUCUUGCCCGGAGAAAGUCGGCCCUAUCGCUGAUCUGGCUGUCGGUGAUGGCCACGGCCGUGACGACGUUCCAGUGGUUCUUCUGGGGCUAUUCGCUGACCUUCUCGCGCACGGGCGGCCCCUUUAUCGGGGACCUCUCCAACUUCGGCUUCAGGAACGUCCUCGCACAGCCGUCGGUCGGCUCCAGCCGGAUCCCCGACCUUCUCUUCGCCGUCUACCAGGGCAUGUUCUCGGCCAUCACCGUGGCGCUCGUGACCGGCGCCGUCGCGGAGCGCGGCAGGCUGCUGCCCUGCGUCGUCUUCAUGUUCGUCUGGGCGACGCUCGUCUACGACCCGAUCGCCUGCUGGACCUGGAACCCGCACGGGUGGUCCAACAGGAUGGGCAGCCUCGACUUCGCCGGCGGCACGCCCGUGCACGUCACCUCGGGGGCGGCGGCGCUGGCGUACUCGAUGGUGCUGGGUAGGCGCCGCGGCCACGGCACCCACGAGCUCAACUACCGCCCCCACAACGUCGCCCACAUCGUCGUCGGCACCGUCUUCCUCUGGGUCGGCUGGUUCGGCUUCAACGCCGGCUCCGCCCUCUCGGCGAACCUGCGCGCCGUCGUCGCCGCCGUCGUCACGAACCUCGCCGCCUGCGUCGGCGGCAUCACCUGGUGCGUCCUGGACUACAGGCUCGAGCGCAAGUGGUCCACCGUGGGUUUCUGCUCCGGCGUCGUGGCGGGCCUAGUGGCCAUCACCCCCGGUUCCGGCUACGUCCCCGUCUGGGCAGCCAUACCCUACGGGAUCCUCGGCGCCGGCCUCGCCAACUACGCGACCAAGCUGAAGUUCGUCCUGGGCAUCGACGACGCCCUCGACAUCUUCGCCGUGCACGGCGUCGGCGGCCUCGUCGGCACCGUGUGCACGGGCGUCUUCGCGAGCGCCCGGGUCGCCCGCCUCGACGGCGCAGGGGGCGGCGGCGUCGUGGGGGGAUGGCUCGACCGCAACUGGGCCCAGCUGGGCUACCAGCUCGCCGCGUCCGUGUCCGGGCUGGGGUACUCGUUCGUCGCCACGGCGGCCAUCCUGCUCGUCGUGGGCCGCGUGCCGGGCCUGAGGCUGCGCGCGGCCGAGGAGGACGAGAUCGCCGGGAUAGACGACGCCGAGGUGGGCGAGUUUGCGUACGACUAUGUCGAGCUGGAGCGCGAGGUCGGCGCGGAUGGGGGCGUGGUGGAGGCGGUGAGUGUGUUGUCCUCGCGCGAUGGUGGGAGGUCUGGUGGGUUCGGGGACCCGCUGGCGGGCGGGGAGGAGAAGAUAUGCCAUCAUUCUGCUCUGUCGAGGUUUGUAUGACGAUGUGCACGUGUGUGAUAUGGAAGCUAGGGGUCGGCGGUUUUGAAAUGGCCAUGCACGUGUUUGGAUGUCAGGGGAAAUGGGGGGGGCUGUAAGUCGAGGAGCGGAUCAAGGGUUGAUAAAGAAGUCAAGCUGCUACUGGGCCUUUUGUAUUGUGCUGACAUGU